AAAAACAAGAUCCAUGGGGAGAGUCACAUGCAUGGAGCAUGCAACUAGCUUACUUCAUCUAAUUCCCACUCGAAAAUUUCUCUUUAUAUAUAUACUUACUCUACCCUGGCUUCUUCCCUCAAAACAGGCUAACUGAUCCUUCUCACUAAUUAAAGCGAUCGUAUCUCUUAAAAUCAUAGGACAGAGAGAGAGAAGAAAGAAGAGAGGGAGAGAGAAGAGAGAGGAUGGAGAUGAUUAAGCAAGUGAGUAAGUUCUUCAUGAUGGUGGUAUUCCUUGGAACUAUCAUGCUCUGGAUCAUGAUGCCAACACUAACCUAUCGCAACAAGUGGCUUCCUUAUAUGCGUUUAAAGUUUGGAGCAUCAACUUAUUUUGGUUCCUCAGGGACGACGCUUUUCAUGUAUAUGUUACCAAUGAUCGUCGUAGCUUGUUUGGGAUGUGUCUAUCUUCACUUCAAGAAACGAAAGAGUCCACACCAAAACGAUAGGGAGACGAAUGAAGUAGUGGUGUGGAAUGCACUGAGAAAGCCAAUGUUAGUGAAGGGACCAUUGGGGAUAGUCUCAGUGACCGAGAUCAUGUUCUUGGCUAUGUUUGUGGCUCUUCUUCUUUGGAGCUUUAUCACUUACUUGCGCAAUAACUUUGCCACUAUCACUCCUCGAUCAGCCGCCGCACAUGGCGAAUCUUUGUGGCAAGCCAAGCUGGAGUCAGCGGCUCUAAGGAUAGGGCUGAUUGGAAACAUAUGUUUAGCAUUUUUGUUCUUACCGGUGGCACGUGGGUCGUCUUUGCUACCGGCGGUGGGACUUACCUCGGAGUCGAGCAUAAAAUACCAUAUUUGGCUCGGCCAUAUGGUCCUGGCCAUUUUCACCGUUCAUGGUCUAUGCUACAUCAUCUAUUGGGUCUCUAUGCAUGAAAGCUCUCAGAUGCUCAUGUGGGAUACAAAACAUAUCUCGAAUUUAGCCGGAGAGAUAUCACUAUUCGCCGGACUUUUGAUGUGGGCCACCACAUUUCCGGUGAUUAGGAGGAGAUUCUUUGAAGUCUUCUUCUACACUCACUAUCUCUACAUCGUCUUCAUGCUCUUCUUCCUCCUCCACGUUGGAAUAUCAUUCUCAUUCAUCGCUUUUCCUGGCUUCUACAUCUUCAUGGUCGACCGUUUCCUUAGAUUUCUUCAGUCACGUGACAACAUUCGUGUUCUCUCUGCUCGGAUUCUCCCUUCACACACCAUCGAGCUCACCUUCUCAAAAAACCCUAGUUUGGUUUAUAGCCCGACGAGCAUAUUGUUUGUGAACAUACCGAGCAUUUCGAAGUUGCAAUGGCAUCCAUUUACGAUUACUUCAAGCAGCAAACUCGAACCAGAGAAGCUAAGUGUUGUGAUCAAGAGCGAAGGCAAAUGGUCAACUAAGCUUUACCAGAGUCUUUCUUCUUCUGAUCAGAUCGACCACCUCGCUGUUUCGGUCGAGGGUCCUUACGGUCCUGCUUCUACUGAUUUCUUAAGGCAUGAAGCUCUGGUCAUGGUGAGCGGAGGAAGCGGGAUAACUCCAUUUAUCUCGGUCAUCCGUGAUAUGAUCGCAACAAGGCAAAACCAAAAAUGCAAAAUCCCCAAAAUCACACUAAUUUGCGCUUUUAAGAACUCUUCAGAAAUCUCCAUGCUUGACCUUCUCUUGCCAUUAUCGGGUCUCCAAACGGAACUACCCUCUGACAUAGACAUCAAAAUCGAGGCCUUCAUAACCCGAGAGAAAGAACCAAGAAGCGAAGCUACAUCAGAGAAAAUCAAAACACUCUGGUUCAAGUCAAGUCUUUCAGACCAGCCCAUCUCAUCAAUCCUCGGACCAAACUCAUGGCUAUGUCUCGGCGGAAUUCUCUCAUCCUCUUUCUUGAUCUUCUUGAUAAUUAUCGGUAUCAUCACUAGGUAUUACAUUUACCCGAUCGACCACAACACCAACAAGAUCUACUCAUUGACUUCAAAGACCAUCAUAUACAUCUUAGUCAUCUGUGUGAGCAUCAUGGCGACUUCAAGUGCAGCUAUGUUUUGGAACAAGAAGAAGAAGUACGGCAACGUCGACAAUAAACAGGUUCAGAACGUCGACGUUCCAUCUCCAACGUCUUCACCAACAUCAGGUGGUAACAAUUCCUUUAGAGAAAUCGAAAGUUCGCCACAAGAAUCGCUCGUGCAGUGCACCAACCUGCAUUACGGAGAAAGACCUAACCUUACAAAACUUCUAUUUGAUGUGGAAGGUUCGAGUGUGGGAGUUCUUGUGUGUGGGCCGAAGAAGAUGAGACAAAAGGUUGCGGAGAUUUGUUCCUCUGGUUUGGCUAAGAAUCUCCAUUUUGAAUCUAUCAGUUUCAGCUGGUGAGUGGUGAUCAUUCUCAUCUGCUGUGGAAGUUGCUUGGAUUGCAAGUUAAUAAGGUGGUCAUGUGAUUUGACCUAUCUUUAUGUGCCUCUUACGUUUGACUUUUUCCGGUUUAUGUUUUUCUUCUUUAGGAAUAUUUUAGUGUGAAAAUCCCAACCCUCUCAAAGAUACGUACGAGACCCUUUGUUUGUAAUCCUUACGUACGUUUCUAUAUGUUACAAACUCGGUCACGAAUCGAGGCAUGUAGCUUUUGUAAAUUGUAAAUGCUGGAAAAUAAAAAGAAUCCUUUUUUGAGUCAUAAAA